AUAUCUACCUUGAUUUGGAAGAGGGUUAUCGGGUCAAGCUCAUCACUAAUUUCUUCUACAUCAUCCAAAAAGAUAAAAUUUUCAUAGUUUUUUUCCAAGUUCAUACGUAAAUGAAAGGGAAAACAUAUAGUACUUGUUUCAUUUCUUUGGUGGAUACGUCUUGAUUUGAGUUCAACCAAUUCCCUAAGCCCCAACCACAUUUUGUUCCUUCAAUGCGCUCAUACAUAGGCUCAUCUUAUGUUUGAUGCUGCCAAGAUGUCGAGGAAGGGCUUGAUGGAGCAGGAUUUAAGCAAGCUGGAUGUAACAAAACUAAAUCCACUUUCUCCGGAGGUUAUUUCUCGCCAGGCCACCAUCAACAUUGGCACCAUUGGCCAUGUGGCUCACGGGAAAUCAACAGUUGUUAAGGCCAUCUCUGGUGUUCAGACUGUUCGCUUCAAAAAUGAACUGGAACGUAAUAUUACUAUCAAGCUUGGUUAUGCUAAUGCCAAGAUAUAUAAGUGUGUAGAGGAUCGAUGCCCUCGGCCUAUGUGUUACAAGGCUUAUGGUAGUGGGAAAGAAGAUAGUCCGAUGUGUGAUGUCCCGGGGUUUGAGAACUGUAGGAUGAACCUCCUUAGACAUGUAUCUUUUGUUGAUUGUCCGGGUCAUGACAUUCUCAUGGCUACAAUGCUAAAUGGAGCAGCAAUUAUGGAUGGAGCGUUACUUUUAAUAGCUGCCAAUGAGAGUUGUCCUCAACCUCAGACAUCAGAACAUUUAGCUGCUGUGGAAAUCAUGCGUCUCCAACAUAUCAUAAUACUUCAAAAUAAAGUUGAUCUUGUUCAAGAAAAUGUUGCCAUCAACCAGCAUGAAGCCAUUCAGAGGUUCAUUGAGGGAACUGUUGCAGAUGGUGCGCCAGUAGUUCCAAUAUCUGCUCAGCUGAAAUAUAACAUUGAUGUUGUAUGUGAAUAUAUUGUGAAAAAAAUCCCAAUCCCAGAGAGGAACUUCAUAUCACCACCAAAUAUGAUUGUGAUCAGGUCUUUUGAUGUCAAUAAGCCUGGGUCUGAAGUUGAUGAAAUUAAAGGUGGAGUUGCUGGUGGUAGUAUUCUUAAGGGUGUUUUGAAAGUAAAUCAGUAUAUUGAAGUCCGUCCUGGUAUUGUUGUCAAAGAUGAGAAUGAUAACAUCAAGUGCACCCCCAUAUACUCCAGAAUAGUAUCCUUGUAUGCUGAGCAGAAUGAAUUGCAAUUUGCUGUGCCUGGAGGCCUGAUUGGAGUUGGAACGACAAUGGACCCCACACUUACUCGUGCUGACAGGUUGGUUGGCCAGGUUCUUGGAGAAGUUGGUUCUCUACCUGAAGUAUAUGUUGAACUAGAGGUUAAUUUCUUUUUAUUGAGGCGGCUGUUGGGUGUCAGGACAAAGGACACAGAGAGGCAGGGUAAGGUUACAAAGCUGACGAAGGGAGAGAUGCUAAUGUUGAACAUAGGAUCUAUGUCGACUGGAGCUCGUGUUGUUGCCGUGAAGAAUGUGUUUGCAAAACUGCAGCUCACUUCACCUGUGUGCACCAGUAAAGGAGAAAAAAUUGCUUUGAGUAGAAGAAUUGAUAGGCACUGGCGUCUGAUUGGCUGGGGUCAAAUUCAAGCUGGCAUCACUCUUGAUGUUCCAACCUGCCCCAUCUAGGUGAAUUACAUAUUGAGUAAGGCAAAGUAAAAAGUCACCAGAAAUCAAGGAAUUGAGAUGUGGGAAGGCCGACAAAUUGCUAGGAACACAUUUUUUUGUGUUGGAGGACAGAGAUUGUGUAGAGUUUUGGAUACUUGUAAUUUUUGACGAUUUUCUUUACUUAUUGGAGUUCAUUUUGUUCUGUC